GUCUUGCCCUUGUUUGUUGUUCCUGUGACACACCCUGAAGCCAGCAUGCCCAUCAUCAGCAACACCACCCACGACUUCAGCACCUACUCCAUCAGCAGCGACGACAGCAGCCUCAAUCGCUUCUUCACUGAGAUCCCAGAGACUGAAACCAUCAAGGGCGUGUACUUCCAGCGUGUCCAGCGGCUCUGUGACCCCAACACCUCCUAUGUGGUUGAUCAAACAUUGCAGGUUCUCAUAAAUGUUGGGGGGAACCGCUAUACUUUCCCUUGGAGCACCUUGGAGCAGUUCCCCCAAAGCCGACUUGGACGCUUACGGUUCUGCACCACUCCAGAGGAGAUCGCGCGACUCUGCGACGACUAUGACGAGACCUGCCAGGAAUUCUUCUUUGACCGUAAUCCGACGGCUUUCCGGGUCAUCCUCAACUUCCUGGCUUCAGGCAGACUGCGUCUGCUUCGGGAACUGUGCGCCGUGUCUCUCCACGAUGAGCUUGAUUACUGGGGUGUGGACCUGGGACACAUGGAGCGUUGUUGCCGUCGCCGAAUGUUCACCCGUGUUGAAGAAGUAAUGGAGCAGGAGCGCAAAGAAGAAGAGCGGCAGCAGAAGCAAGUGAACCUGCAUAAAAGCACCUCCGAGGCAGAGAGGGGCCACCAGACGCUGAUCUGGAAGCUGCGAGAAGCUGUGGAGAACCCUCAGUCGGGCCUGGCUGGGAAGAUGUUUGCUUGCCUCUCUGUCAUCAUGGUGUUGGUCACUGUGGUCAGCCUGUGCAUCAGUACCAUGCCGGAUCUCAGAGACGAAGAAUCAAGGGGCGAAUGCUCCCUGAAAUGUCACAGCAUGUUUGUGGUGGAGUCCAUCUGCGUGGCCUGGUUCACCUUGGAGUUCCUGCUGCGGUUUGUCAACGCCCAGAACAAAGUGGCCUUCGCCCGAAGCCCCCUGAACACCAUCGAUGCCAUCGCUGUCCUGCCAUACUACAUGUCUCUGUUCGCUGAUUUGACACGGACGUUGCAGGAGGAUGAGAGCGCGACAGCCGGCCGAGGCUACCUGGACAAACUGAGCCUGAUCUUGCGCUUGCUGCGGGCCCUGAGGAUCCUGUACGUGAUGCGGCUGGCUCGGCACUCUCUGGGCCUGCAGACUCUGGGACUGACCAUGCAGCGCAGCACGAGGGAGUUCGGCCUGCUGCUGCUGUUCGUCUGCGUUGCCGUGGCGCUCUUUUCACCGCUGGUCCAUCUGGCGGAGAGCGAACUGGCACCGUUAACCACCGCGCACCCACAUCGCAGCUUCAGCAGCAUUCCAGCCUCUUACUGGUGGGCUGUCAUCUCCAUGACCACGGUCGGCUACGGCGACAUGGUGCCGCACAGUAUCCCAGGACAGAUGGUGGCACUGAUCAGCAUCCUGAGCGGGAUCCUCAUCAUGGCGUUCCCCGCCACCUCCAUCUUCCACACCUUCUCUCGCUCCUAUCAGGAGCUGAAGCAGGAGUACGAGAGGAUGUGGAAGGCGGAGCGAGGAGAAGGAAAAGAGGAGAAUCAGAUGAACAUGGAGCUCACACCUGAUUCCAGAGGAGCAAAUGACAAAUUCAUGUCAAACCAAAAUCACUGA